AACCACCAGAUUACAAGAGGAGUCUCUGACACUUUACCAGAUUUGCUUUGAUUAUUUCUAUUUUGUUUACUUAUUUAGCGGGUAUUUAUGGCUAUUUAAUCCGCCUUUUCUCAAAGUGUCCCUGGUUUCUUUAUCUUCACCCAGGCAACACGUACUUUGGAUUUAGUUAUCUGCCGUGUUUGAAUUAUUCAGCAGUGCAGACAGUCACACACGGCUCCCUCCACCCCGCCCUCACCGCCCCCAAACCUCUAACUCCUCCGACACCUCCUGACGCUUCGACGGGGAUCUUCUCCUUCUGGACGGGGCUUUUCAGAGGAGACACACAACCUCCAGCUGCGGUUCAGCCGCCGAUCAUCCAGUACAUUCAUAUGAACGUAGAAGAAGAACAGUCGAAGGGGGGAAGACAUUUCAAACGGACUCCAAUGGCGCAGUGGACAAUACUUUUGAUUUCUUUGUAUGGAGUUCUGCAUGGACAAGAGAUUCAGCCUCCCACUUUACAAGACUGCUGUCAGGAUGGGAGGGAUCGGGGCCUGGGAGGACAAGACUGUACAAUCCUCCCCCUCAUCUCCUCGUCGCACAUCUGCAGGAUUGCACAGGAGCAGUGCUGUGCAGCAGCAGCAGAAGACCAACCCUGUGACAAUGGCAUCAAGAUGGCCUCUGAACAAGGGGCCUGUGAGAGGCCCUUCUUCCAAGGAGACCCCUGGGAAACUAAAAUCUCUAAGAUGUGUUGUGACUGCUGUGUGCUCGGUCUGAUGGUAGCGAGUCGUGGUUCGAGCUGUGACCUCCAGGGUUUGUCGCUGAGGAGGCAGUGUGCGUACGUGACUAAAACCUGCUGUGGCAAAAACACAACGGAGGAAAUCAAACCAGAUGAUAAAGAGCCAGUGACCGAAAAGCCUGAGGCUAAUGUUACUGCCAAACCUCCAGAGGGGUCUGACACCUGUAUAGACUCCACUUGCUCUCAGCUGUGUGUAGGCAAUGGUACAUGUGCAUGUCAUGACGGUUAUCAACUACAAAAGGAUGGAGUGAAUUGUGCGGAUGUUAAUGAGUGUUUGACUGGCAGUCACAACUGUGUCGUCGGCCACAUUUGCAUUAACACAGAGGGCUCCUUUCGCUGUCAGAGAGAGACCAGCUGUGGCACCGGGUAUGAACUCAAGGAUGACAAUACUUGCCAAGAUAUAAAUGAGUGUGCUUUGGGAACCCAUAACUGUGGGCCAGACUUUCUAUGCACCAACACAGCCGGCUCAUUCCGCUGCCACCCAAAGGAGACAUGCACAGUCGGUUUCAUUCAGGACGCCAUCGGCAGCUGCAUCGAUAUAAAUGAGUGUGUGGCACACACCAGUCCAUGUCUGCCUGGCCAGACGUGUGUGAACACAGUGGGCUCCUACACCUGUCGUAAGAACACAGUCACCUGUGGACGAGGCUAUCAUCUAAGUGUAGACGGCACACGUUGUGAAGAUGUGGAUGAGUGUCGUGCAGGAAAUGUGUGCGGCGACCAUGGUUGUGUCAACCUGGUGGGCUCGUACCGCUGUGAAUGCAGAAUUGGCUUCACCUUCAACAGCAUCACCAAACAGUGUGAAGAUAUUAAUGAGUGCAGGCAUUAUCCCGGACGACUGUGCGCUCACAAGUGCGAGAACACCGAGGGGUCCUACCAGUGCAGCUGCACCACUGGCUUCAAACUGUCCCAUGAUGGCAGGAACUGUGAAGACGUCAACGAGUGUGAGGCCAACCCUUGCAGCCAGGAGUGUGCCAACGUCUAUGGCUCCUACCAGUGCUACUGUCGCCGUGGUUACCAGCUGAGUGACAUGGAUGGGAUAACAUGUGAAGACAUUGAUGAGUGUGCUCUGCCUACUGGAGGUCAUGUGUGCUCCUACCGCUGCUCCAACGCCCCAGGAAGUUUUUACUGUACCUGCCCACCCGCAGGCUACACCCUCGCCGCCAAUGGACGCACAUGCCAAGACAUUGAUGAAUGUGCAGCAGGGAGCCAUACCUGUUCUGUGUCUGAAAGCUGCUUCAACAUCCAGGGAGGAUUUCGCUGUCUUUCCUUCGCAUGUCCUCCCAACUUCCGGCAAGCAGCGUGGGGCCGUUGCGAGCGCGUAACUUGCGAGUUCACGCAGGAUCCUGCAUCGUGUUUCUUGCUCCCGCUGAGAAUUUCCUUCUACAACAUCAGCUUUCCCAUCAACACUCCAGUCCCUGCUGAUGUCUUUCGGAUGGGACCCUCUAAUUCCGUGCCGGGAGACAAAAUGGUGUUCAAUAUAGCCUCCGGAGACGAGGAGGGCUAUUUUGGCGUGAAGCAGCAGGCUCACGGAGGAGAGAUCUCACUGCGCCGUUCCUUAACCCAGCCACGGGACUUCUUCCUGACUGUGGAGACGAGGCUGAUCCGCUACGGGACGACACAUCUGUACAUGGCCAAGCUCGCUGUGUUUGUCACACACGAGCUGUCCAUCCGGCCCUCAAGAACAUUUCCGUAUUAGGGGUCGUUGAAAUUAAAGGAAAUGUUUGAUGCCUGUCCCUAUUUUGUACUCACCACUCAUGUAUUGCGGUGUCUUUUGUUUUCAUCCAUCCUUUUCUUCAUAACCACCGCUCCAUUUGCCCUUUAAUGCAGUUAAAAGGGGCAAACCUAUAAAUCUUGUUGAGUGGAAAGACAGUCUACUUUUCACCCAACUCGAAAAUGAUGAUGCUGGAGUAUUUGAGUGGUUAUUUUAAAAAAAACAACUGAAUUUUUACAGCUAAAAAAUGCUUUCUUUUAUUCUGAGCAUCCAUCUGUUCCCAUUUCUUUUUAAUAUAUUCCAGUUAACCAAUCAAGUAACAUAUCAAACAGAGUCUGCUUUAGUGUUGCUGGAAUGCUUUUUGCAAUAAAUAGGGAUUGUAAGGUUGUCCCUGACUAAUUGCUAUAUUGAACUGAUUUGGAAAGCCAGAACUGAAUGUUUCUUAUGAAGAAAAGAAUGAUCGUGGAAAUAAAUCUCACUCGCUGUGACAUGUGUGGUGAAAAAAGUCCCAAAUUAUUCCUUUAGAGGAACAGUUCAACAUUUGGGGAAGUGCUCAUAUUUGCUUUCUUUCUUAAAGUUGUGUGAGAGGACUGAUAAUAGAGUUAGUGAACUUUAGAGGUGCUGGUAGGUAGAUCUUAUUAUUAUUAUACUGAGCAAAGCCAAGCCAGCUGCUACCAGUCUUUAUGCAAAGCUAUGCUAACUGGCUGCUGCCGCUUUACAUUGUUCAGACAUGAGAAUGGUAUCUCAUCUAACUCCCAACAAGAAAGUUAAUAAGCAUACCCCCCCCCAAAAAAACAAAUUAUGCCUUUAACACUGAGUAAAAUUAUUACUUUAACAGUAAAUGAUCGGUAACCAAAGCAGAGCAUCAAAAUUGCCCUGCAUUGCUUUUGUAUAUGCAAGGUGGGGGGUUUUUUCAGCUAUUUUAACAACACUCAGUACCAUUUUUUGUUAUUUAUUCUAGUAUUUGAAGUAGCAGUGGAUCUUUCCAAGAGUAGCACAUUGUACCACUAGAUGGGGCCCAUCAGCUAUUGAGGAUCUCUGCACCAUGACAUGAUGACGGGGUUAUUUAUUCACACUGAUGGCAGCUCACUCUACUUCAUGUCUGUGGAGCAGCUUCCCUUUAUGUGUACUUUCUGUGUGUUGGGAAUUAAAAAGUGACAGAUAAAAAUGACUUCUCAAUCUUUAAUAUCUAGGCACAAACACAUGCCGGCAAUGGUUUCUGCCACUGUUCUCAUGCUUCCUCCUCUGUGGUCGUUUCUAAUGUUGAAACCAAUUUUUCCUAUGAAGUGUUCCAAGUGGCCUCACCAUAGGAUCAAACGGGCCUCGCCUUAGCGGACAGCAAGAAAAAUAAGCAUGGCACUUAUUUAUGGGCACCUGGGGCU